AUGGACCCAAGCAAAACCCCAGCAGCACCUCCUCCGCCUGGUGUGACGCCCAACUUUACCAAUCCAUCGGGCUCCGAGUAUGACACUUACUCCAUUAGUAUCGCCUUAUGUGCAACAGCGAGCAUUGCCUUGCUUGCCCGCUUAUACACUCGGACCUUUGUUCUGCGUGUCUUCGGUCUGGAUGAUGUUUGUUGUAUUUUCGGACAGAGUUGUGCAUGGAUCUUCGCAGCCUUGAGCAUCGCCAAUAUCAAAAAUGGAUACGGUGUACACAUCUGGGACCUCCAUCUGGACAAGCUCACCCCAUUCAAGAAGUACGACAUUGCGGAAGAAGACGUCUACGCCCUAGGCGUCUGGUUUGUCAAGACCUCCAUCCUACUUUUCUACCUCCGACUCAGCCCCGACAAGCGCUUCCGGCAGAUGACCUACGCCAUCAUGAUCUUCGUCGCUGUAUACAGUCUCCUCAGUAUUCUCCUCUUUACCUUGGGAUGUAAACCUGUUGCUGCGACGUGGGAUGUCUCCCUCAUGAGCAAGGCCAAGUGUAUCGACCAGAUGGCAUUCGUCUACGCCAAUGCUGCAUUUAAUAUAUUCUCCGAUGUUAUUACCUUGAUCCUGCCGAUCAAGUUAUGUUGGACUUUGCAGACGAGCUUGAAGCAGAAAUUCCUGCUACUGGUUGUAUUGACUAUGGGCUCCUUCGCCUGCAUCGUUGCCAUAAUCCGAAUCGUGACCAUGAUGCCCUUCAUCCACAGCAACGACUUUACAUGGUUCAAGGUGACAAUUGCAAAAUGGUGUAUGGUCGAAAUAAAUGUCGGUAUAAUCUGCGCGUGCCUUCCCGUCCUGCGACCGAUCAUUGUUCAGACCUUCCCACGUCUCUUCAGCAGCUACCACCAGAGUGGUGAUAACUACACCCCGGCUAGCGAUGGCAGCUAUGGACUGGACUCGUCUAGCAAGAAAAAGAGAGUUGUUUCUUGGAACCAUCUGACCACGAUUGGGAACACUCAGUUGACGACUACCAACCGUGGGGGCGACUUUGAUUCGGAAAGUGUCCAGGCGAUUGUUAUGCACAACAAAACUGAACAUGAAUCUGGACAGCAAGGUAUCACAAAGUCGACGGAGAUGGACAUCACAUAUAGAGAUGAUCGUUUUUAA